AAUGGACGCGGUUGCUGACAAUUUUGCAAUGAUGGGAAGCAUUAUUGGAUAACUUUUAAACAUCGUUGGAAUGGAUGCCGCUGCGCUCACUUCCUUCCCCUUUGGAAGAAUCGUUGUCUCGUCCGUUUGUGCGAUCUUUCUCCUGGCCCUCAUGCUCUUGUCAUGCCGCGGCAGGAACCAAGGGGUGAUAGGAGCGGGCCGUGCGGUGCUGAUAACGGGCUGUGACAGCGGAUUCGGUCAUCAACUAGCCCGCAGGCUGGAUGCUCAGGGAUUUGUGGUCUUCGCCGGUUGUCUGUUUCCCAACGGAGACGGUGCCCAAACUCUGCACAGAGAGAGCUCCAGCAAUAUGAACAUUCUCAAGCUAGAUGUCACUAAAGAUGAAGAUGUGACACAGGCAAGGACUGUGGUCCAAUCUAACCUGCCAGAGAAAGGGCUUUGGGCAGUUGUGAACAAUGCUGGCAUCUUAGACUGGUCAGAGACAGAGUGGAACACCAUUGAUGAUUAUCGCAAUAUGGCUGAGGUCAAUUUAUUUGGCAGCAUCAGGACCUCCAUAGCUUUCCUCCCAUUGGUUCGUGCCUCAAAAGGACGGAUGGUGUACGUCUCAAGCAUCUUUGCCUUCUUCAACUGUCUGACCAUGGGGGCCUACAGUAUGUCAAAGAGAGGACUGGAGGCGUUUGCCGACUGCCUACGGGUAGAGAUGGACUGUUUUGGAGUAAAGGUGAGCAUCAUCCAGCCAGGUAACUUUGGUCCUGCUACCAACAUCCUGAGGCGGAGAACAGGGACAGAAAUCUGGGAGAAACUGGACGAGGAGCGUCAACAGAUGUUCAACAGGCAGUAUGUGGACCUGGCUAAUAACUACCACAUGUCUACAUGUAUGACUGGCAACCAGGACAGCAGCCUGGUCAUAGACGCUAUGGUGGAAGCCCUCACAGCAGACAGACCUAAACGCAGAUAUCUGUUGGUCUCUAAGCUGGAUAUGUUGUUCUUCUAUGCCUUCCCCUAUCUGCCGACAUGCGUCACUGAUGCAGUUUUCUACCUCAGUCCCAUGUACAACAAAAGAAAAGCAAUGCUUUAUUCCAAAUAGAGAAUAUCUGUAUUAUGCUGGAGUGACAGUAGAGAAAGUGUAUGGCUUUGUGUUAUGUUGUAAUGUGCAAUAUUUUUACAUUGUGCUUCUCACUUAUUCUGUGUUGCAAACUUGCAUGUGUCCCAAAUUCUCUGGGAAAUGUAUGCAUUCCUUCCCACCAACAAUACAUUCGGGAAGAAUAGAAGAUGUUCGGGACGUUACUAAGAGGAUUCAAUGGCAUGUUACUGUGUCUUGCAGCUGCUUGCCUCACUCAUAUCCGCAAAAUUACAUAUUUACCUGAUUUGUUGUAUAUUAAUAGUUAGGAAUUGAUACAUAACAAAUAGGAGGAUAUUUCUGUCCUGUUAGUGUCUGUUUUUUUAUGUUCUCCCCUCUAGUUUCCUGCAGCUAAUCUGGGCGUAUGGUCACCAGAGAUGGCUUGAGCUGACAAUUUAGUUAGACUGCCUUAAAUAGACAAGAUGCGGUCUGUCUAACCAAGAUGGAGAGAGCCAGGAGGAGUUUAGUCUCUAAAUCAUCCUUGCAUCUGGGAAACUAAGCCAGGGUGGGCUAAAGACAACAACCCACCUGCAGACAAUGGCAGGAUGAACCCAGAGUGGUUUGAUGCUCCUUGGUCUGCAUGAGGGGGGUUGAACCAACCAGAGCAUUGUUACUGUCAGCUAUAUAUAGUACUCUGCAUUUGUGUAAAGGUUAGGUUACUGGGUCCAACACAAGGGUGGAGGGUCGACCUGCCUAAUUAUUGCAAAAAUUAAUCAAUAUUUAAUAAAGAUGAUUGUUUGAAGAAAUGACCAAAUCUCAGUACUAAAUUUCCACGACAGUAUACAGAACCUACACUACAUGACCAAAAGUAUGGGGACACCUGCUCUUCUAACAUCUCAUUCCAAAAUCAUAGGCAUUAAUAUGAAGUUGCC